GAGGGGAGGGGAGCGGCGGCGCUCGGCCAUGGGGCGCCCGGUGCUGCUCGCCGCUGCCGCCGCGCUGCUGCUGAUGCCGCCGCCCGGGACCGGGGUCGAUGUGACCGGCCUCCUGGUCUCCGCCAACUUCGACUGCCGGGCCACCGCCGACAGUACGCUGAGCCGCCUCCGCUGCCGCUGCCCGUCCCGCCCCGGGCCGCCGCUGGAGCCGCCCGCCCUGUCGCUGAGCCGUGCCCGGCUGUGCCUGCCCGCGCAGCCCUGCCAGCCCUGCCUGCGGGUGCGCCUGGCCCUCCCCAGCGCAGAGCUCGGAGGUCUCCGGGGACUGCAGCUUACCUUCCUGGAGCUGGGCUCCAACCGGGCUGGCUGGCUGCAGGUCUUGCAGCAACGGCGGGUGCCGGGCAGCUCAACGUGGCAGGUGCAGUUCGACUGCUUCCCAGCAGAGAGCGGGCGGCAAGUCCUCGUCUCCCUCCACACCAUCCCAGACCGGGGCUUGACCCUGAGCCGCAGCCGUCUGGUCACCGCGGAGCCACCCGGGCCUGUCUUCACCCACGCGUGGGUCCCUGAGAUGCGGGCCAUUGAGGUGCGGGUGCCCGAGGGUCCUGCCCUCAUGGUGCGGCUGUGCCAUCAGCUGGCCCUGGAGUGUGAGGAGUUGCCCYGGCCCUUCCACCAGCAGGUGCUGGUGGAAGGAGGYGGCCAUAUCUCACUGCCCUACAAGUUUCUGGUGCCCUGCCUGUGCAUUGAGGCCUCCUACCCCCACCACGACAGCCCACGGAGAAAGCGCUGCCCCUUCCGUGACCAGCCAGAUGCCUAUGGUCCCGAGUUGUGGUCCUCGGUGCACUUCCAGGACUACAGCACCAGCAGCAAGGACCAGAUGGCAAUGGUGUUGAAUGCCAGCUGCCCCCUGCACCCACRGGCCACCCUGUGCUGGAGGGAGGCAGAGGAUGAGGCUGCACCCUGCCACGACAUCCCCAAUUCCACCGCCAGUCAGGAUGAGCAGGUGUACAUACUGGACAAGGUGGAUGUGCAUCCACAGCUCUGCUUCCGAUUCUCCUACAAGAACAGCAGCCAUGUGGAGUGUCCCCACCGGCCAGAGACUGCCUGGAAUGUCUCAGUGAGUGUCUGGGGGCUCCAGCUGCGCCUGCACCUCACCUCCCGCAUCCCUGCGGCCUUCAGUGCRGCCCUGUGCCAGCGCCGGGCCGGGCAGUGCGAGCCCGAGGCCCCGCUCUACACUGUCACACAGGYGAGUCCAGAGGGCUCUGCCCCAGGGGAGCUGGCGCUGUUGCUGCCAGUGCAGGUCCUGGGCAGCUGUGUGCUGGUGUGGCGCUCGGAUGUGCAUUUUGCUCGGAAGCAGCUGCUCUGUCCUGACGUCUCCCACAGGCACUUUGGGUUGCUGGGGCUGGUGCUGGCACUGGGACUGGUGGUGACUGUGCUGCUCCUCAACUGCCGAGGUGCCUGGAGAGCAGACAGAGGUGUCCCUGGUGGGCGCCCCGUGCUGCUGCUGUACUCGCCAGACUCAGAGGAGCACCUGGGGCUGGUGUGUGCCCUGGCCGAGCGGCUGCGCGCAGGGCUGGGCUGCGACGUGCACCUGGACCUAUGGGAAGCCGGUGGCUUGGGACAGGCGGGCGCCCUGCCCUGGCUCUACGCCCAGCGGGGCCGUGUGGGCCGCCAGGGUGGCACCGUCCUCCUCCUCUGGAGCCGGGGCAGUGCCCGGCUCUUUCAUCGGUGGCAGGUCGGGAUGGCCGACGGGACRCCCAGGGAUGCCCAUGACAUCUUUGGUGCAGCCAUGGCCUGCCUACAUGGGGAGCUGGGGGCGGCGGGCCGAGGCCGCGGGUGGGUCCUGGCCUAUUUCAGCCGGCUCUGCAGCCCCCGCGAUGUCCCCCGGCCCCUCCGGCCCCUGCCCACCUAUCGCCUGCCCCGGCAGCUGCCCGGGCUGCUGGGUGCCCUGCGGGGCAGCCCCCCGGCCCCUCGCCGCUGCCAGCGGGGCAGGCCYGGGAGGCUUCUGCAUCGGCUGCUGGAGGUGGGGACUGGGGAGGGCAAUUCCCCGGCCCGGCCCCCYGGGGCAGCUGCUGGCACCUGAGUGCCCAGGCUGCGGCUGAGCUGGGCAUGGCUGUGGGGGGUCAUGGUUAGGCACAGCCCUCAUUGAGGGCAGGGGCUCUACCAGGGAGAGGCAGGGCACAGGUGAGCGUGUGCCCACUGCGGUGGCAGGAGGGGCACCCRUGGGUGCCCAGGAAGGGGCCCCGGGGUCCAAGCAGGACUGGCCUCAGUCACGGAGUGUGCUGCAGGGGCCAGAGCGAGCAUCCAGCUGUGGCCAGGAGUGGAGAUGCUGUCCCKAGCAGGGCAGCUUUAUUCCCAUACAGGGAUCUGCUCCAGAGGAGACGCCAUAGAAGCCCCUCUGGACGUCUACUCCCAACUCCAAGCGAGGGGUUAGGGUGGUGCAGGAAGAAGCUGAGAGAUGGGGAGGCUCCCGGCCCUGCCCAGGCACAGGUGGCUAGAGGGGCAGGUGCUGGGCACAGCCUAGCCCUGCUCUUUGCCCCGACAUUGCCGGCAGGACUUGGUCUGGGGU